AUGGCGAGAUUGAAUGAUCCUCCGCCGCCGCCUGCGGAGAGUAUUGAGUCAUUAAAACGACGCUUCAUCCGCCAAAACCGCGAAAUCGCACGUGUCAACUCAACCCAAUCGCAACGGAUCCGUAAUUUGGAGUCCGAGAUCUCCCGCCUCGUUGCAGAAAACAUUUCUCUACGAGAACAAGUCAUUGCAGCUCAGGCUGAAACACAAAGAUGGAAGCGAGCAAACACCACCAACAGCCGAGAUAUUAUUAUAGACGUCAAAGACCGGUUGGAGAGGAAGCUAAAGGAAGUCUCAGACCUGAUCAGUGAGAUGGAUGGGCUACCUGAAAAGAUUUCACGGCGAGCUUCAAGGCGAAGAAGCGCAUUGCCAGUUGUGGUCAAGAGCUUGAGCGAGGAGGAAUACAAAAAUCGAAUAGCCAUGAAAGAGGCUUUGGCAAAGGAGCGGCAAGAUCCCGCUCUCGAUGGUCGCUUACCGAGCAUUCAAGAAGACAAGCUGUUCCCACGACGGACUUUGGAAACAGCAGAGAUGAUGGCUCUCCGAGACGAAGCCGCCCUUCAGGAUUCAACAGAGUCUCCCGAUCUUGGACCUCCUCCAGUCGCACAUUUCGAAGUGCCAGACCCUGUCAAGUUCGAAGCGGAUACCCGCAAAUUAUCCAGUGGCGACGACCAGGACGUCGUCCAAUUACCAUCGACACUUGAGAAAAGACGACGCAGAAGGACCAGCGCAUUGUUACAAGAUAUGCCCAGAGAGACAGAGCAGUCGGCCCAACCGCCUGAAUCACCAAUAGGAUUGCUUCUCAAAGCCGGUGCAAAACGGAAACUGGAUGCGUCUGAAUUGGAGGAACCUAUUGUCAAAUCAUCAUCCCCAGUGGCCGACGAUUUUGUCUUUCAACGAAAACAAGAUGCUGGAUCAGGAAAGAAACCGUCCAGAUUCACCCGUCCACCAGGCAAAGAGACCGAGAACACCAGCGCAGCAACCACAAUCGCCUCACCUCGGAAAGUCCUCGAACCAAGAAAGAUCCUCGCUCCAAAGAGCACGAACUCCCCAGCGAAACGAAAAGUCAGCACGAGUGAAAAGCCAAUCAGUAUCAAAAGCGACGCUGAUUCUCAUCCAAUUCAACCAUCCAAACCAUCUACUACUCGCGUCGUCACCCGCAUUUCCAUCCCUCCAUCUUCAACCAUCGAUCCAGAAUCCAAGAAUGGAGCAGACACCCAUCCCCCCCAAACCCCUGCCCCUCUCCCUCUCCCUCUCCCUGAAGAUCCACUCUCCCCCAUCUCCACUGAACCCAGCGUACGCGCCACGCACAAAGAAGCCGCCAUUCUCAAUUCCGUCGAAGAUGUCCUCAACGGAAGUAUUGGCCGUGGCUCACGACGUGCACGAGCCGCUGUUAGCUAUGCGGAACCGAAUCUGCGCGAUAAGAUGAGGAGACCAGGGAGAGAACUUGUGGGUGCGGUGGAGGGGAUUGAGAAGAAAGAGAAGGACAACCCCACCAAUAGUGCUACGCACUCUCGUACAACUAGUCUGGAACGGGCGAGGUCUGGUUGUGAGACUCUUGAUGGGCCAGUGGUUAAACAGGAGAAGAGAGAUGCUGGUUCGGACACGAGAUGGAGAAAUUUGCCAGUAUCGACGAACGACAACGGCAACGGUAACGGCAACGGCAAUGAGGACCCUGCUAGUCCGUUGCGGGAUAAAGAGAAGAAGGAUCUGGCCAAAGAUCGACUUGUGAUUCCGAGCAUCAAGGAUGCGGCACUACCAGCACACGAAACAUCAAAGCAUGAUCGGACAGAUUAUGGUGAUGAAUUGGAAAAAGCCGUUGAUCGGCUGAGUAUCUUUGAUCCACCAUCUUCGUCGCCUGUGGCGAAAGAAGAAGAUGAUGGUAAUCUUGUCUCCAACUCAAAGACCGCGACGCCCUCAGCAUCGGCUGCGCGGCGCAGAGUCCAUUCUGGAACGUCAGGUGCCUCACUUAGCAGGCGCCAUUCCAUGCAACCAGCCUCAUCUGCACCUGUCAAUCAUGCAACCAAGUCCGAUUCGCAUUCCGCCAGAGCUUUUAGCAGACCUGCUUCGGCGGCGAGUUUACGGGCCGAGGCGUCUGCUUCUAGAGGAACAGAUGCAACCUCAACGUCAGGGAAAGAGUUGAAGCGGGCAGCUAGUGUUGCUUCGAAUAUCCGAUCGACACCAGUGUCGAGAACUGGAGACCAAGCGGCAGCCACAGUACAGCCGGAAUCUCGCGCCGAAAGACUGGCAUCUCGACGGAAAAGUAUGAUGGUAUAG